CACAUUCAGUAUUGCUUCGAAAACACAACAGAUCGCGAUGGAGGAGUUGAGGGUGAAGGUGGUGGCGGAGCUGCCGGAGAUGGAGGCGGAGGCGGCGGCCGGAGAUGAGCCGGUGAGCCCGACGGGACAGUACUUUAAUAGCUCGGCCCUUCAUGUAAGCAUUCUGGCCAUUUUUGAGUCUGAUGAACGGCUGGAUGAUUCUCAGGCUAUGGCUACUGUGGAGAAGCUCUUUCUCCCUGUUAGCCCCCGCUUCUCUUCCAUAAUGGUGAAGGACGAGAAAGGAAUUCAGCACUGGAAGAAGGUAAAGGUAAACCUAAAAGAGCACAUCAAAACCCCAAUCUUCCCCGCCGGCUUCGACUUCUACGACAAAUUCGUGGAAGAAUACCUCACUAAACUAGCCACAGAUCGUCUCCCCCCUUCUCGCCCAUUAUGGGAGCUUCACCUCCUCAAAUACCCGACCCGCUCCAACGCCGGCACCGCCGUCUUCAAGCUCCACCACGCUCUCGGCGAUGGCUUCUCUCUCAUGGGAGCCCUCUUCUCUUGCUUGAAACGAGCCGACGAUCCCUUGCUUCCUCUCACAUUCCCCGGCCGCAAGCAGAAUCCGGCGCCGAUGAAGUCGGGAACCCUAAUGCAAUGCUGCCGCUCGGCGGUGCGUGCCGUCGAAAUCGGACUCAAUACGGUGACCGAUUUCGCUUGGGGGUUGAUGAAGAGCACUUUGUUGGAGGAUGACCGUAGUCCGGUGAGGUCCGGCGAAGCAGGGGUGGAGUUCCGGCCGUUGAUUAUCUCCAAAGUGGUGUUCUCGCUGGAUGAUGCGAGGAAGGUGAAGGAUAAGCUCGGAGGGACAAUAAAUGAUGUUAUAAGUGGAGUAAUUUUCUAUGGAAUUCAACUUUACAUGAGAGCUGUAAAUGGUGAUGAAGCCUGCAGCACGAGAGUGGGUGUGGGAAAGGUGACCGCUUUAUUGUUGCUCAACACCAGGAACGUUAAUGGCUACCAGAGCUUGCAGGAGAUGAAGAAGGCGGGAGGAAGGAGCCAAUGGGGCAAUCAGUUUGGAUUCAUUCAUGUUUCGGUUCCCAGCUGCGAGGAUGCUGAGAAAGUUGAUCCUUUGACGUUUGUUCUCAAAGGGAGACAGAUUAUUAGGGCUAAGAGGAAGUCGCUUGGUGUUUAUUUAACUGGGAGGAUGCUGGAAUUGUUGAGGAAGCAUAGAGGCUCAGAGGUGGCAGCCGAAUUCAUGCAUAGAACAUUGAUGAACGCAAGCGCUACAAUAUCCAACAUGACAGGUCCCAUGGAGCAAAUGAUGAUGGGGAAAAAUCCCAUUAGCAAUUUCUAUUUCAUGGUUGUAGGCGUCCCUCAGAAUCUUACAAUAACAGUUGUGAGCUACAUGGGGAAGCUAACUUUAGUCAUGGGGACGGAGAGGGGCUUCAUAGACUCCAAUUUAUUAGUUGCUUCCAUGAAAAUAUCAUUUCAAAGGAUAUUUGAUGCAGCCAUGGUGGGCAAGAUCUAAUGUCUCCCAGAACAAAAAUAAAAAGGAAUUUCCUUUCAGAAAUCCACUUGCAGAAUGUCUCUUCAUCAUUUAUUUUCAAACUGAGAUUUUUAUUCAUAAAUCUCUAUCAAAAUUAAAAAUGAAUGAUGAUGAAAUA